AUGCAACGAAAGUGCAGGCAGAAUCAUACUCUCAAAAUGGUAUGGUCACAAGGAAUGUGGUUCACUCAACAACGUGCGAAACAAAUUCCUAUUUCUGGCCCAAUUUUACAAGAAAAAGCAAGGCAAGUCGCUGAAGAGUUGGGUUAUACAUUAGAAACAUUUAAAGCAUCAAACAGUUGGCUUGAAAAGUUCCGCAAUCGUCACGCUAUUUCAUUUCGAACGAUUAAUGGUGAAAGUGCUUCGGUGGACAAUUCUACAGUCGAGGAAUGGUCACAGCGACUUUCAACAAUACUUGAUGGAUUUAAUGAAAACGAUGUCUUUAAUGCAGAUGAGACCGGUUUAUUUUAUCGUGCCAGACCUGAUCGUUCAUUGGUCUUAUCGAAGGAAGAAUGUAAAGGUGGGAAGAAGAGCAAAGAAAGACUUACAGUUUUAUUGUGUUCGAAUUUGACGGGAACGGAAAAGUUAAAACCAGUAGUAAUCGAUAACAGUAUAUUCAUUGAUUAA